UUUAAGCCUUUGAGAUGCUUCCAUUAAUUGGAAAAACAAUUAUCUUCGAUAACUUUCCUGAUCCCUCUGAUACAUGGGAAAUCACUGAAACAAUUGGCAAAGGAACUUAUGGGAAAGUUUUUAAAGUGCUGAAUAAGAAAAAUGGCCAAAAAGCAGCAGUCAAAAUUCUGGAUCCAAUUCAUGAUAUUGUUGAAGAGAUUGAAGCAGAGUAUAACAUCUUAAAAACACUUUCGGACCACCCUAAUGUAGUCAGGUUCUAUGGGAUGUACUUUAAGAAGGAUAAAGUAAAUGGGGAUAAACUCUGGUUGGUUCUUGAGCUGUGCAAUGGAGGCUCAGUGACUGAUCUUGUGAAGGGAUUUCUGAAGACGGGUGAAAGAAUGAGUGAGCCCAUAAUUGCUUAUAUUUUACAUGAAGCACUCAUGGGACUUCUGCAUUUGCAUAAAAACAAAACUAUCCACCGUGAUGUAAAAGGAAAUAACAUCCUGUUGACCACUGAAGGUGGAGUUAAACUAGUAGAUUUUGGUGUGUCUGCCCAGCUCACCAGCACCUGGCACCAUCGGAAUACGUCUGUAGGAACACCAUUUUGGAUGGCUCCUGAGGUCAUUGCAUGUGAACAGCAAUUGGAUACCACGUAUGAUGCCAGAUGUGACACGUGGUCCCUGGGUAUCACGGCCAUUGAGCUGGGGGAUGGCGAUCCCCCACUUGCAGAUCUGCAUCCCAUGAGAGCCCUCUUCAAAAUACCGAGGUCAGUGGACUAG